GUAGCCGUUACAAUACCAAAGAGCGCCUCUUUCUCUCUCUCAAAACAAAAAAAAAAGUUCCAAUUUUUUUCCCUUCAUUUUCGUUUUUUUGUUUAUCCCCAAUUCAAUCCAAUCACACAUUCAUACUCUCAAGUUUCAAUCUUUCUCACAUUUACGAAUACCCUUUAAAAUUCCCAUCAAAUCGGUGUAAUUUUUCCGGCGAUAAUCAAUCGGCGGCAAUGACUCCUGAGAAACCCUCAAACAUUGAAAAUAUGAAUCCAAACACAAACACACUUCAAAAAUCAUUAAACAAAAACAAAAACAACAACAAUGUUAAUGUUAAUGUUGUUGCUGUUGUUCCUCAUAACAGAAUUCGUCAGAGAAAGUUUAUAGUUGCAAAGAAGAAGAAGAAUCAAAGUCCUAAGAAGAAAACGGUUUCGUGUACUUGUAAAGAAAAAAGUGAUGAUGUUGAUGAUGAUGGAACUAAGUGUGUUUGUGAAGCUUAUCAGAAUUUAAGGGCUUCCCAAGAAGGGUUUUUCAUCAAAGACAAAACUUUUGAUGAUGAUGAAGAGAAAGAAGAAGAAAAAGCUGAGAAAGUUUUUGAAGAGGUUAUUGAAGCAAAUUUGUUGAUUCAUGAUAUUGGAAAUGAAGAAAGAAAAUUGGAUGAUGAUGAAGAAGGAAAAGGAAAAGAAGAAGAAGUUGAAGAGGGUAAUUGUAGUUCUAUAGUGAAAAGAAGGAGGGAGAGAGUGUUGGAAGAAGCAAGGAAUAAUGUUCCUGAAAAUGGGAAAGUUAUGCAUUUGGUUAAGGCUUUUGAGAGGCUUCUUAGUAUAUCAUCAUCAAAUAGUUUUGAGGAGAAAGAGAAGAAUGAGGAGGAACAAUAUUGUGAAGAGGAGAAGAAGAAUAAGGUGAUGAAAUGGGCAUUACCAGGAUUGCAAUUUCAACUACCUGUUAAGGAAUCUGAAACUGAAGUUGAAGUUCUUUCUGGUUGUUGUGAUGAUGAUGGUCUGUUUAAUUGUACUUUGACAUCUGAACAACUUGGGUUGGAUAAAAGGGGUUCAGGUUCUUCUUGGGAAAGUGGAGUUGGAAGUGUGUGUAGCAGGAACUCUUCUGGAGGUAGAAUAAGCAGGAGAAAUAGCUUGGAAUCAUCUAGUACUUUUGGAGGAAGGAGGUGGAAUAAGCAGAAGCUAAAAGGCACUAGCCAGAAACCAUUUAAGCUAAGAACUGAGCAAAGGGGCAAAAUGAAAGAGGAACAAUUUAUGAAGAAAGUUAAAGAGAUUUUGACCGAAGAAGAGAAACUGCGAGUACCUGUUGCACAAGGUCUUCCAUGGACUACCGAUGAACCCGAGUGCUUGCCAAAACCUCCUGUGAAAGAAACCACAAAGCCUAUUGACUUUAAGCUUCAUAGUGAUUUGAGAGCAAUCGAUCGCGCCGAAUUCGAUCAUCAGGUAGCUGAAAAAUGGAGCUUGAUAGAACAACAGAAAAUGGAAAUGGAAAGGCAACAUAAGUUGGCUGAAGAGGAAGAGAUUAGGAGAUUGAGGAAGGAACUUAUUCCUAAAGCACAACCAAUGCCUUAUUUUGAUAAGCCUUUUAUACCAAGGAGGUCAAUGAAGCAUCCAACUAUACCAAGAGAACCUAAGUUUCACAUACCUCACCACAAGAAGAUCAAGUGCUUGUCAUGGAAUGAGAUGAGAUCCUACUCUUCAUACUUCAACUGAUAUUCUAAGUCUUUUGCUGAUGAGAAAGAUCAAGUGUGUAUCAUGGAAUGAAAUGAGACCCUAUUCUUCCUUACCCUCAACUUAGAUUCAAAGGGUCAUUUUUGCUGAUGAAAAGAGAAAUCUUUUUCAAUUUCUCCAUUAUCUGAAUAAUAUUCAAUUUGUAUAUGGGCAACCAAUAUUAGUUGCAAAUUAUUUUUCUGCCUUUGUACAAAAGGGUAUCUUCUUUUCAUUGAAAUGAAAUGAACUUACUUUUUUUUUUUUUUUGGAUUUGAAUUCAUUAUAGAUUCAUUCUCAUAUUUUUGCAA